AUAAAACAGAUAAAUGCAAAUAUCUUUUCAUAUAUAACGAUCGCCAGUAACUGAAUCUUCCUCAAGAUGUACUGCCUUCUAGGUUUAGUUUGUGCUCUUGUUUCCUUACCUAUCGCAACAGCUGUUCACAGUACUCCCUGCGACACUGGACGUACCGUUCUGCUGAGUAAAGGGACUCAUGCAACACAGAGUUCUGUUGGUUGGGAUGGAGUAGCAGAAAGAGCAGUUGACGGUCGCAAGUCAGGCACAUACGGCGACGGCACCUGCACACACACACAAAACCAAGCUAAUAACUGGUGGAUGGUUGACCUUGGAAAGACGUUCAAAGUUAAAUAUGUGAGACUAUACAAUCGACAAGAUUGCUGCAGGGAACGAUUGAAUGGCGCAAUCAUUCGUGUUGGAAAUAACCCCAACGGUAUGCUGACAAAUCCACAUUGUGGAGGGGUAGUCAACAAUGCAGAGACCAGCGCAUCGCAAGUUAUCAGUCGACAGUGCAGCCCUCAACUUACUGGUCGGUACGUCAGUGUCUCACUCACAAGCAAUUUUCUGACACUUUGCGAAGUCGAAGUGUGGGGAGAAGAAGUGUGAUUCAACAAUCUGUCUACUGUAUGUUUCUGUGCAUCAUCAUAAUUCUUCCAUAAAACAAUUAGCUAAACUUUUAUUAUGAAUAUUCGGAAUUUUUCAGUAGUAACAAUACUAUCUGGCAAAACCCUACAAUGAUUUAAACAUUACUAACUAAGAUCUAUUCUUACAGAUAUCCCAAAAAUAGAGGAUGUAUAGAAAUUCAGCAGAUGUAAAGCUUAGCUUACUAACAAUCGCUUAUAAUGUUAGUUUUGAAAACAGAAUAAAACGCAGAUUCCGUGCAACAUUCA